AUGGAGAGGUUUCGAUUCAUUGCGGCCAGCUUUGCACUUGUUAGUAGCCUGGUGGCUGCUCAGGGGCCAUGCAAUCCGACCAAAGGCCCUUGCCCACCACUCCCCGGCUUCACACAGGGCUUCACCAAUGAUUUCACAUCACGACCAAAUAUACCUUCCGACUGGAUUGUUGCCGACUACGCAGACCAUCUCUUGAGCUUUAGCGACAAAGGCCUGGAGUUUAGACUCACCAAGGGCACAGACGCUCCUUACAUCUGGACCAAGAAUUACCUACUCUAUGGCAAAGUCGAAGUCACACUACAAUCGGCUCCCGGCAUAGGCGUCAUUUCCAGCGCGGUCUUGGUGUCCGACACUCAUGACGAGAUUGACUGGGAAUGGAGCGGCAAUGACUUUGCCUACAAAGUGCCUACUAUCCAGACGAACUACUUCGGCAAAGGCGUCACAGGAAGUUGGGAUCGAGGCACGCAGCCACAGGUCGAAAAGAACAUGACGCAGAACUUCAUGACCUAUACGAUUGACUGGAAGCCUGAGUCCAUAUCCUGGUCAAUCGAUGGAAACAUUAUUCGCACGCAUUAUGCCAAGGAUAGCGACAACGAUCAGCAUCAGUAUCCUCAAUCGCCCUGCCGCUUCCAUUUGGGUGUUUGGGAUGCCGGAAAUGAAGGCAACGCUUGGUAUACGGUUUUAUGGGCCGGUGGCCAUACCGAUUUGACCAAGUUUCCUUACAGCAUUUUCAUUAAGAGCGAUUGCAUUACGCCGUAUAGAUUCUGCGGACAAUACAACUUCACGGAUACGAGUGGUAGCAGCGACAGCGUGGCUUGCUUGAAAGAAACUCCUUCGUUGAACUCUACUGGUCUCGGUACCGGCACUGGCACUCUACAAACAAAGACGGGCGGCUCAGGUGGCUCGUCUGCUACUUGCUCUGCUGCGACCCCUGAGAAAACUCAACCAGGUACAUCUGCAGGCUGCGCCAAGUACUAUAACAUCAAGGCGAGUAAUAGCUGCGACGGCAUCGCAAAGGAAGCCGGGAUUGAUGUGGACGACCUCCUGGAUUGGAACCCUCAAAUCGAUGAGAACUGCUGGAACCUGUGGGCGAACUACGCCAUCUGCGUAUCACCUCCUGGACAAUGCGAUGGGUCUGGCAAGCCAGCUCUGCCGACGACAUCUGACGGCUCUUCUUUGACUACGGCCACGAUCAAGUACACUUCAACGAUCACCGUGUUGAAAUGUGCUUCGACAAUAACGAAUUGUCCAGCCGCUAGCAAGGCCGUGCCCGUGGUUUCGACGACCGUCUCAGAGUUCACCACUGUUUGUCCCGUGAGCGAGGUUGAGUCAAUCUCAUCUGUGGCUGCUGGGUCAGAUUUGCCCGUUGGAGCAACUCCAAUUCCUGGAGGUGACACGGUGCCUUCGUAUCCCACUCCAACUGCAGCGUCAGAGGAAGAUGUGGACGAUGAAGAAGAUUUCCCUGGGGCACCGCCAGCAUACGAACAUGAUGAAGGUGACGAAGAGACUCCGACGCCGCCAAUCGAGACCCCACCCUUCUAUAAGGAAGAUGAUGAGGAUCAAGAUGAUCAUCCUCCUCCUGGAAUGACAACAAGUAAAGUCGCGACGGUCUACACCAUGAUCUGCCCAGUCGAGAGCACGAUCACCACUGGAGGCAGCACGAUUACGAGCACUGGCAGUCAAUUGACCACUUCGACCAUCACGUCGACAAGUACAAAGACUCUGCCGAUUGAGUCUGUAAGCUCUACUCUGCCCCCAGCACACACAUCAGAUGUGCCUGUCGAGUCUGUAGGCGUCUCUACACCACCGCCAGGAUACGCCACCUCGGACAUCACCACCGUGUACACCACAAUCUGCCCAGUCGAAAGUAUCAUAACUACCAGUGGAACAACAACGACAAGCACAGGCACGAAGCUGACAACCUCGACAAGAACAGAGACGUACCAAACGACGCUGCCAGUCGAGGAAUUCUCAACGCCGCCGCCUGGGUACACGACUUCCGAUAUUACUACGGUUUACACAACUAUAUGCCCAGUUGAGAGCACCAUAAUUACCUCAGGAACAACAAGUACAAGCACGGGGACCAAGCUUACCACGUCAACGAGAACGGAAACAUUCGAGACGACGAUUCCUUGCACAACGUCUUCAUCUAGCAUCAUUCUCACAUCGAGUACUGGUAGCUCCUCGAUUCCGUAUUAUAACACGACCUCGUCAACCGUUUCGCAGCAGAACAGUACCUCGCCAGCCACAACUGCACCGCAGACCACGCCCCCAAGUUACGAAGAGUCAACCACAGAGUUGAGCAGCUCGACCUCGACAACGCCGCGGCCUCCAAGUUAUGAAGAAUCGUCGACGACAUCAAGUAGCUCUCGCUCGACCAGCGUCUCCAAGACUACUCCUUCGAGCUAUGAAGUGCCACCAACGAGUUCCAGUACCUCCAGCUCCACGAGCGUCUCCAAGACUAGUCCUCCGAGCUACGAAGAAUCGUCAACAACAUCAAGUAGCUCUAGCUCCACGACUCCUGCUACGAACCCACCACCUAGCUACGAAGAGCCGUCGACCAUGCCAAGCAGCUCUAGCUCGACUACUUCUUCCAAGCCCAUUCCAUCGAGCUACGAAGAGCCGUCCACGAUGACCAGCAGCUCCAGUUCCUCGACUUCCCCAACGACUGCUCCAUCCAGCUAUGUGCCACCCACUAGCAGUUCCUCAAGCACUGUACCUACAACAAGCCCAUCGAAGACCACCACAACUUCCUCAUCGGCAACAACCUGCAUUCCUGCUACCACGGAGAUUGUCUGCCCAAAGUGUAAUGGCGCUGCAUACUCUUGCGGCGAUGGAAAAAGCUACGAGAUAACCUGCGACGCCGACUACGUUGGGGGCGAUCUCAAGUACAUCGAUUGUGGCGCCGACAAGAACCCGAAAGAAGCUUGUGCCAAAGAAUGUGCGAAGACAACCGGCUGUAAGGGGUUCAGCGUCGUCGGAUAUCACUGCUAUCUGAAGAAAAAGCUGUACCCCCUGAAAGCGUAUGGUGGCUGUGUUGCUGGCAAGCUCGUCGAAGGACCGAUCUGUUCGACUUCUUCGGAGACGCCAAUCACCAAGGUCGAGACUCCAUCUUCCAGCACCAGCACGAAAGUGUCUGAGACGACGAGCACAACACCAAUACCGUCCAGUUAUGGCCCACCCUCGUCGAGCACGGAGAGUAGUUCGAGUUCCUCUGCUACAUCGCCCAGCAGCACUAAGCCGUUUGAAUCGAUGACUACUACUCCGAUACCAUCUAGCUAUGGCCCGCCCUCAUCAAGCACGUCAAGUAGUUCAAGCUCUUCAACACCAAUCACCAAGGCAGAGACUUCGUCUUCCAGCAGUACGUCGACAACGAGCAUACCGGCGCCAUCCAGCUACGGUCCGCCCUCAUCUUCCACAAGCAGUUCAAGCUCUUCAACUGCAUCCUCAAGUAGCACGCCAGUGCCUUCAGGCUACGCCCCACCGUCAUCGACAAGCCAGAGCAGCUCGUCAAGCCCCUCUUCAACGAAGACUUCGAGCACAUCGUCCUCGACGAAGGUAGUCCCGACUACCUGCCCCACUGCUGGCUGCUUCACCUACGUCGAUUGCUACAAAGAGAUUCCAGGACGUGCUCUCAAAGCCAAAUCGUUCGACAACAAGAAUCUGACGACCCAGGCCUGUGCCGAUUUCUGCCAUGGCUACAAUUAUUUCGCUACGGAACACUCCACGGAAUGCUAUUGUGGCGACUCGCUCCCUACCGAGUGCACCAAGGCUACGGAUGGACGCUGCAACAUGCCUUGUGCCGCUGACAAGACGCAGAUUUGUGGUGGUCCCGAAGGGUUGAGUCUAUUUGAGAACACACUUUGCUCGCCUCCUCUGAGCAAUACGACUACGAGCUCUUCAUCGCUGUCUUCGUCUUCUUCGAGCACGAGCUCAAAGGCAUCAAGCUCAUCGUCGAGCAUUUCAUCCUCGGCCAGCAGCUCCUCCUCCUCGUCAUCGUCGAAGGCGUCAACAAGCCGUAGCUCCAGUUCCAGCUCCAGUUCUCAAUCCUCAAGCUCAUCAACGGUAGCGACAACUCCACCAGUGUACACAUCGCCGCCGUCCAGCCGCAGCAGCAGCAGCAAAAGUUCUUCGUGGUCAAGCUCAUCAACAGCGCCGACUUCCCCGCCAGCCUACACUCCACCACCGUCAAGCAGCAGUAGCACACCCUCAUCAACGUCCAUAUCGAAGGCCUCAGUACCAUCAAGCUCCAGCUCGAGCUCAUCCACGACAUCAAGCUCGCCACUAGCCUACACUCCACCACCGCUACCCAGCACCAGCAGCACCGGCACCUCCAAACCCCCCUCCACCUCCAAAACAACCACCUCCCCAACCCCCGUCCCCACAGCCAACGAAUAUACCUACACCGGCUGCUACCUCUGCCCCAAAACUCGUGACGUCCUGCCCACCUACCACCAAACCAGCAACCUAACCGUCGAGCUCUGCGCCUCCAAAGCCAAAACCGCGGGCCACUCCAUCUUCGGCAUCAAGGACGGCUGGCAAUGCUGGUCAGGCAACACGCUGGAUUCUGCGGCGGUCAAGACGGGGCAGGAGAUGUGUAAUGUCGCUUGUCAGGGGAAUGCUGGACAGUGUUGUGGUGGAGCGGAUGCGUUUAGUGUUUAUGAGAUUGGCGGUGAGGCUGGGAGUCAGUACAAGCCAAGGGGGAUCAUGGGGAGAAUGUUCGAGGGAUUUUUUGCUUAA